GGGGAUUGAAAACAUUCCAUCGCCCUCCAUCACCCUCCCUCGUCAAAAUCAAUAUCCCAAACACAAUAAGGAGGCAUUUCCCCUCCUCCUCCUUCCCCUAUCCCUUCCCCACCAACUUCCCUAGUACCCCAAGAUUCCACUUUUACCACCGCGCGGGGAGGACUAUGCCCUCACUCCUAUCAAAAUCCUUCCUUUUCCUGACCCCAAAAUCUGUACACCUCUCUUCUUCCAUGUCUACCCUUGCUGGCCACUCCGUCUCUCCGGCCAAAGCGCGCCUCCGUGGUGUCGUUUUCGACAUGGACGGGACCUUAACUGUGCCUGUCAUCGACUUUCCGGCAAUGUACUGUUCUGUGCUUGGUGAAAACGAGUACAAUAGAGUGAAAGCAGAAAACCCUUCUGGGAUUGACAUUUUGCACCACAUUGAGAAAUGGAGCCCCGAGAAACAGAAAAAGGCGUACCAGAUCAUUGCUGAUUUCGAGCGCCAAGGGCUAGAGCGACUCCAAAUCAUGCCUGGGGCAGCUGAACUUUGUGGCUUUCUUGAUUCAAAGAAAAUAAGGAGGGGACUAAUCACUCGCAAUGUCAAAGAAUCUGUUGAUCUGUUUCAUGAGCGGUUUGGGGUGACCUUUUCUCCAGCACUUAGCAGAGAGUUUCGUCCUUGUAAACCAGACCCUGCUCCGCUGCUACAUAUCUGUUCUACUUGGGAAGUUCAACCCACUGAAGUCAUGAUGGUUGGUGAUAGUCUUAAAGAUGAUGUAGCUUGUGGAAAACGAGCUGGAGCAUUUACAUGCUUGCUUGAUGAAAAAGGGAGGUAUGACUCUCCUCAUUUGGCCAACUUGGAUCUUCAACCUGAUUUCAAGGUGUCUUCGCUAACUGAAGUUUGCUCCUUGCUGGAAUCCAAAUUUGACCUUACACCAUGAGUUCCAAACUCGUAAAUGAUUAAAAAGGUCAGACGACUAUUAGAGAAGCCUGUAGGUUGUGCUUGAUUAACAAAAAGCUCACUACAGAGAACUUCUAUGAUUUGUAGUAGGAUCUUUUCCUUGUUCCCAGCAAGGUCAGGGCCUAGGUAACAAUACGGAAAACUAGUAGAGGAUUUAGGAAACUGGCUUUGAAGCAUAAGCCCAUGCUUGAUUUACAAUCAUGAAUAAAGUGGAAGAAUUCACUUGGUGUGGUUGCAGAUUGGCAUGAUUUCACAUUAUAAUUGAAUGAUGUCAAAACCUUGCUUGGGGAGUAAACCUUUAUUUUUAAC